CUAAUCAGCUGCCAAAACAAGCAAUCUGCAAUUUUUAUAUUAUUAAAAAACUUGUUAAUAUCGCUUUUGUUUCAUCAUGGAAAUUCCGGAUACCUUUUACAGUAAAGAUGAAUACGUAGAAACGGCCUCCGGAAAUAAAGUCAGUCGGCAUACAGUGCUUUGUGGAUCUCAAAACAUCGUGCUCAAUGGCAAGGUAAUCGUGCAGAGUGGCGCCAUAAUCCGUGGAGAUUUGGCCAAUGUUCGAACGGGAAGGUACUGUGUGAUUGGAAAAGAUUCCGUCAUCAGGCCACCCUACAAACAAUUCAGCAAAGGAAUCGCAUUUUUCCCCAUGCACAUCGGCGAUCAUGUUUUUGUAGGCGAGGGAGCCGUCGUUUCGGCGGCUACAGUAGGAUCCUGUGUUUACAUCGGCAAGAAUGCCAUCAUUGGCCGUCGCUGCGUUUUAAAAGAUUGCUGCGUGAUUGAGGAUGGAGCUGUGCUGCCUCCGGAAACAACUGUGUCCAGCUACAUGCGAUAUACAGCGAAGGGAACCAUCGAGGGUGGCCAGGGAAAUCCAUACUUUGUGCCCGCCGCCAUGCAGGAUGAGAUGAUCAACUACACGAAAUCAUUUUACGAGCAUUUUGUACGAUCUCCGGCACCAGCUAGCUGAAAAUAACUGUCUACUUCUACACAAGUGUGAAGUGCUGAGAAGAUAUUUUCCAAUUGCAUCAAGUUAAAUCGGGAACCAGCCCGAUGUAAAAGAUGAUUCAUGAUAUAAACAUAUAUAUUAAAUAUUCUAUAGGUAUUCCCAUUA